UCGUCCCUUCGCUUCCCCGGCCACUUCUCCUCCUCCGGUUCUCCCGCCGUUCCCCUCCCCUCGCGGCUUGCGCAUCUCUCUCUCUCUGCACUCGUUCAUGGCGGAUUACCACUUCGUGUACAAGGACGUGGAGGGGACAACCACGGAGUGGGACGACAUCCAGCGCCGCCUCGGGAACCUGCCGCCGAAGCCGGAGCCCUUCAAACCGCCGCCCUUCGCCCCCAGGGUCGACGCCGACGAGCAGCCCAAGUCGAAGGAAUGGCUCGACGCGCGUGAGCCCGAGGAGCUCGAGGAACUCGAGGACGACCUUGACGACGACCGCUUCCUCGAGCAGUACAGGAAGUUGAGGCUUGCAGAGCUCAGGGAGGCUGCAAAAGCCGCGCGAUUCGGCAGUAUAGUGCCCAUCACCGGCUCGGACUUCGUACGUGAGGUGUCUCAGGCGCCAUCAGAUAUCUGGGUUGUGGUCUUCCUCUACAAGGACGGGAUACCGGAAUGUGGGUUGCUUCAGAAUUGUUUGGAGGAAUUGGCCACAAGAUACGCAGCGACAAAAUUUGUUAAAAUUAUCUCAACAGACUGCAUUCCCAACUACCCAGAUAGCAAUGUUCCCACAAUACUGGUGUAUAACAGCAGUGCUGUCAAAGGGACUUAUGUUGGUUUGCAGAAGUUCGGUGGAAAGAGAUGCACACCUGAAUCUGUUGCGUUAGCCCUUUGCCAGUCAGACCCAGUACUGAAUGAUGGGCAUGGUGGCAACGAUUCAUCCCGAGACAAUGUCAUAGAAGGUGUUCGCAGGAAGUUUAUAGAGAAGGUUGUGGCCCAGCAUGAAGAGCGGGAAGAAGAGGAUAGCGACUAAGCUUAUAUUGUUUGUUAGUUGGCCUCAGCUAGCAGAUCCUAUUUGGUUCCACUGUUUACUGAUUUUAUUUAUGUGGGUUGUUUAUCAUGAUAUACUGAUUUUUCUUGUUUGCUGAUCUGUGCCUGGGUUUGUGGAUAGAGUUAAAGAUCUGUCAUCUGUGAAUUAUGCUCUAUGGGUAGUCUUGGUGUUAGUAACCUUUAAGCUGUAACACGACUCAAUACUAUUGUUUGAGAGAUCAAUAUGAUUAUGCAAUCUUGGUGUUAGUAACCUUUAAGCUGUAA